AUGACGGUGGUUGCGAUUGUUACCACUUGUCGAAUGAAAAUGGAUAUUAUAGUAAGAAUCACUAAAAUCCUCAUUGAAAAAUUUACAAAAAUUUUCAUUAGAUAUGAGGAAAUUGACGAUGAACUUGACGAAUCAAAUAUUGGUAAUGAAAUUAAUAACUUUAAUUUCAAUAAUGCCAACGAUAUUGGUAAUGCACCAGAAGAAAUACCAGAAUUUGAUUCACAAAGGAUCGAUAAUGAUAAACCUUACACCACACACACUUAUCUUUAUAAACCAAUCACUACUACCAGAAAUAGGAGAAAUAUUAGAUUGGUAUUAUAUUUUUUGGUUAGUUUAUCAAUUGAUUGA